GUAUGAUCCGCCAUUGUGACGGUUUAAAAAUUCAGCAGGCAGUGUCGGCUGUUACUACUCAGAGCAGAAAAUCCGUUGUUGUGGAGAGAAAGAAAGCCGGAUCAGAAAUUCGAGGAAACGUUUAAAAGCCAGCGUCAAACCCCAUUUCGGCGGGUGUUUUUUUUUCUAUCUAUUGCUACUCUUCCGGUUUGUUUUAACAAACAUGGCUUGCGGUGCGACGUUAAAGCGGUCGAUGGAGUUUGAGGCCCUCCUCAGUCCCCAGUCUCCCAAGCGGAGAAGGUGCAACCCACUACCGGGGACUCCGAGCACUCCGUCCCCGCAAAGAUGCAACCUCCGUACCCCGGUAGAUAGUCCGGGCCACUCGAUGUCUCCUCAGCCCAUCGGAGGCGAACACAGGCUCACUCCAGAGCAAAUCUUCCAGAACCUUCGCCAGGAGUACAGCCGGAUCCAGAGGCGACGGCAGCUGGAGGGGGCCUUCAACCAGACCGAGGCCUGCAGCUCCAGUGACGCUCCCAGCCCCAGUACCUCCCUCACCGCCCCCAGCUCCCCACCUGGUGCCUCAAGAAAGGACCAACCCUCGUUCACACUGAGGCAGGUCAGCUACCUGUGCGAGCGCCUGCUCAAAGACCACGAGGAGAAGAUCAGGGAGGAGUAUGAACAGAUCCUUAACACAAAACUCGCAGAACAAUAUGAAUCUUUUGUGAAAUUCACGCAAGACCAAAUUAUGCGAAGAUAUGGAGCCCGGCCCGCAAGUUAUGUCUCCUGAGCUCACAUCAAUGUGAUCCUGGCUUACUCUCACAUGAUGGCUGCUCUUCUUCUGCCUCCUCCCUGUUGAUUUUAAAUUUUAUUUCCCUAACCUUUCCCUCCCCUUUCCCUCUCCACACUCAGUUUGGGUGCCAUGUUUUAUCCAGUUUUUAAUCCAAAAAUUAGUUUCUUACUUUAAAACUAUUGCUGCUGGCCAAAUAAUUAGAACUCAGUAUGAAGCUUGCUUAUUUUUUUUCUUUUCUUUUUUUUUUUCUCUGCUUUUUGCUAUUAACAUCUUUUACCAGACAUCCUGGGAAAAAAAGCAGAUGUUAAUAAAAAAAACUCUUUAGCUGGCACUGUAGAAAAGCUUAUUGGCUUGUGUGAUUAUGCUAUAUAACCUUCCAGCAGCUAUAUUUGAUGGCUCCUGCUUCUCACCAUGUUCCACUUUUCUCCCCUGCUCUACCCGCCUUACUUCCUCCCUCACAACUCUUCCUGAGAAUGUGGAUUUUUCUCCCUUUUAAAGAAAAACAAUAAAAGUUCUGUGAUUAAAAAA